CCAGAGCCCAGUCUCCCAUGGCAGGUCCCGAAUGGUCGGUCGAGGUCUUGCCAGUACUAAUUGGAGCAUUGGUAAGCGGAGGAUGACCAGAGACCGAGGGAAUCCAAGAUGAACGCAGGCUGGAAUUCCUCCUCUUCCGCAGCCGUAUAGGCUCAAAGCUGCAGUCCAGCUGCUUCUCGUGGACAAUGGUCAAUCGCACGCCAUGUCCCAACAAAUCGCUGCAUGGGGCAGCGAUGGCUGCCUGAGGGCGCCGGCCUGGAAGCAGCCAUGGUGCUGUAGCGCUGCUGUAUUGGUGGGAGUGUGGACCGUUCUGCAUGUGCUCAUGUUGCAGCGCCGCGCUUCGAGCUCGGCGAUGGGUUACUGGUCUGUGACCGUGACGUUGGCACUGCUGGCUGGCGCGCUCGCCUGCUGCCAACGCCAGAAGCGCCGCAGAAGGGCAGCUAAUUUCGGAAAGGCAGCAGCUGUGGCCCUUCAGCAGCCGCAUCACCAGCCGAAGGUGGUGGUCCGCGCCUCGGCGAAGCAAGCGUUCGACGUGCAGUGGAGCAUGACCGGGAGGGACCUCUCCGCCAGCAGUUUCAACCGUCCCGCAGGCAACGGCACCAGAGGCCGCUUCCAGCGGGCGGACGUGGGUAGCGGCGACCUGUUCCAUCUGGUGGAGGCCGAGGAACGCCCUGGCCACUUCGUGCUUCGGCAACUGGACAGCAGCGGCGCCCUGAAGCACCAGCUGACCACACACGGCCAGGUUCGUGCAAUCAGCAUGGAUAUGUUGCUCUACGUCGGCGAUGGUGAGUACGGCACGCUGAUCUUGCUGAAUGAGGAGGGCGAGUACGGCCAGACCAAGACAUUUCCGGUCGUGAUGACCGACCCUCCUACCGAGAUCGUCAGGGGGAUCGCAGGCGCCGCUGCUGGCCAGAAGCUCGAACACUUCCGGAGAGAUUACCCGUCAACUUCUUCCAGCAUCGUCUCGAGGGGGGCUUCUGAGUCUUGUAGGCACGUCAGGUUUAAGAAGGAGGUGUCUCAAAAGCUCGGCAAGGACAUGACGAGGCUCAGCCCAGACAGCAAGGCCGAGCUGUGGUGGACGGAAAGCGACUGCGCAGAAUUCUUGCAGGUGCGAUUGGAGAUUGGCAGGGCCUACCGCGCUGCCUCGAGGAACAUGGGCGUGAACAUCCUCGAAGUGAGCAGCGUGGGCGCCAAAGGCGCAGAGGCGUACCAGGCCAUGGUGAAGCUCUUCCCAGAGCUCAAGGACGAGUCUCGUCGUGGUCUAGGCCUCGGGCGCAAGAAACAGCGUGCAAGAAAUCGAGACGACUAUAUAGCCGCCGUGCUGCGUGAGCAGAGUCGCCAGCGCGAGGAGGGUGAAACCUCCGACAUGGCUGCUGAGGCGAUUGCCCGGGCAGCCAUGGCCGUGUCUGGCAAAGACAGGGAGUACGCCCACUAUUUGGCCUCUACGUAUUACGAGCAGGACAAGAUAGACGAUUGUGACUGGGAGCCGCAGCAGACCAGCACUAGGGAUCCUGGGUCUCCCGUCUCAGGGAUAUUGAAGCGAAGCCUGAGCACGAAUUCGAUUUGCUCGCACGACAGCGGCGAACUUUCCGGCAGUCCUCAAGAAGAGAUCGAGGCGCUGCGCGAGGACGACGAGGAGGCGGCACGCACCCGGCUCAACACGAAGGGCUACGGCCUCUCCCGCGACCGGCUGCAGGCGUGCGGCCUGAGCGCCACUGGGCACGCGCUCUCACGGGGCCAGAGAGACCGCACGUGCCCCGCCGGCCGCGACCACGGGGAGAGCUCCGCGGGCGAGAGCGACGGUGAUUUAGAGUAGGUCGCGGAGCGUCUUCUGUUUGUGCUGUGCGCGCCUGCUCACGACGUCUCGGGAGCUGGCGCGACCUCCGCAUCCUGUCAUCCUGCCUGUGCUUCCGCCUUGCCUCUCAACGUGAGGACCCCAAUUUCGCCUCUGCAGCUCGGCGUCGCCUCGCGACACCACGAGGUGCAUCGAGGUGUUUUUAACACAUGAUAUCUUUUUUUAUGCAAUUUUCGUAGGUGUUGGAACGCGUGUAACGCAGGUAACCUGACACGUCAAUGCGCAAUGAAGCGUAACAGUCUCGAAUAAGCAGUGCCAAAUACAGCUUCGGAAGCAAACUAUGAACUAGAGUCACACACUCGUACUCGAUCAGGAACGCUCGUUCAGUGUGUCGCGCCGCCAGUUCUGGCCCACCACGUCCCGG